GAGACGCGUGGCGCCCCCUGGAGGGCGCUCGGGAGGGUUGGGCAAUCGCGGAAGUGGCGGGAGCCUGGCGCUGGGAGGGAGCCAUGGAGGGGCCGAGGGACGCCGGUCUCCUGGGCUCGCUGCUGCUGCCCGCCCGCCGCGUCUUCGAGGGGACUUUCGGGCUGGAGCCCCGGAUCGCGGUCUCGGCGCCGGGGAGGGUGAAUCUGAUCGGGGAGCACACCGACUACAACCGGGGCUUCGUGCUGCCCAUGGCCUUGCAGAUGAGUACAGUGAUGGUUGGGAGUCCAAGAGAAGACAAAAUAAUAUCCAUUGUCACAACUUCAGAAGAAGCUGACGAACCUAAAAAGGUCCAGUUCCCGGUUCCAGAGGAAGGGGUUACCUUGAAUCCUGGAAAGCCACACUGGGCUAACUAUGUAAAGGGAGUUGUCCAGCAUUAUAAAGCUGAUCCUCUCCCAGGCUUUAAUGCUGUCAUAAGCAGUAAUGUCCCAUUGGGUGGUGGUCUCUCAAGCUCAGCCUCCUUGGAAGUGGCUAUGUACACUUUCCUGCAGCAGCUCUGCCCAGAUGAUGGGGAUCCAGUUGCUAAGGCCUUAGUGUGCCAAAAAGCAGAACACACCUUUGCAAUGAUGCCUUGUGGAAUCAUGGACCAGUUCAUUUCUGUGAUGGGGAAGGAGGGCCAUGCCUUGCUGAUAGACUGCAGGUCACUGGAGACUCGACUGGUCCCUCUGGCUGACCCAAAUGUAGUUGUUCUCAUCACCAACUCCAAUGUCCGGCACACUUUAACAGGCAGCGAGUAUCCCACUCGUCGACACCAGUGUGAAGAGGCAGCGAAGGUGCUUGGAAAGCCAAGCUUGAGAGAAGCCACUUUGGCAGAUUUGGAGAAGGCAAAGGUCCACCUAAGUGAGGAAGUGUACAGGCGAGCUAAGCAUGUGAUUGGAGAGAUAGAGCGCACUGUCAGAGCUGUGGAAGUCCUUCAGUCCAUGGACUAUCGGCGAUUUGGGCAGCUGAUGGUGGAGAGUCACAAUUCCUUGAGGGAUGACUAUGAAGUCAGCUGUCCAGAACUAGAUGAGCUUGUUUCUGCUGCCAUGGAGGUCCCUGAGGUUUAUGGAAGCAGAAUGACUGGCGGUGGCUUUGGAGGUUGCACUGUCACCCUACUUGAGUCCGGAGCAGCUGAGAAAGUUGUGAAACACAUCAAGUUCUAGAUGUCUAGAAAUACAAAGAAACCAGCUCCUUUGGAAAGAUGACCUGGGACAUUUCAUAGACCUGCACUGUUGCUAUGAAGCAGUUGGCAAUAACAUCCAAAGUAAGAUCCCAAGAGACAGAAAGUAAGAGCACCCGUUACCUGAAUUUCUAAACCCAGCACAAAACAACCUCCACCUUCUUGAGUUCUCUCUAUUUUCAAGAUGUUUAUGGAUUGCACAAAUGCGUAUGCAAGAAAGCUUGGUGCUAGUAUUGUUAAAAGAGAAAUGAAAGAGAAAGAUCAGCUUAUUCAGAAUUGUGCUAGAAGUAAUAACAUUUGUAAUGACAAUGGAUUUCAAACUUUUGUUUUUCAAUGAAACUUUACAAAUGCCUGUCCAGGAAACAAAAAUCAUUUAUAGCAACAAUGUUCAUUGCAAAGGAUUCUGUGACAAGGUGUAGGGUAUAUGCCCAGUUUAUCUAUUGCACAUUGGGCAUUACUUUGUGAAGAUUGGUAAAUUGUAUUUUAGGAAAGGCACUUGCAUUAGAUUUUCUCAGCAUAGAACCUGGUUGUUCUUCAGGAAAAUGUUAGAAAAUGUCUGCUUUUUGCAAUAGCCAUAUAAAAAUGGGAAGCUGCAUUUUUCCAAAGCUGCAAAAUGCACAACGUGGCAAUCUCCUUCAGUAGAGUUCAGCUGGGAGUCUUUCUUCUAGAUUUUGGAUGGCUUCCAAGCAAGAAGAAAAGUGUUAGCAUAAAAGUCCGGGAGAUUGUACCAUCUGGCUUGUUUGUUAAAUUUGCAUACAUAUAAAUAAAUAAAGACAUUCAUAUAAGGAAAACACUACUUUUUCCAUUCUAAGAAAGGUGAAACAGUCACUCCAUAUUGGAAACUUAGUGGCUGUAUCAAAGCCAGUAGUAUUUUUUUUCUACUUUGGUUUCCAUAUAUUAAAUUCUCGUCUGGAUCUGCACCUGAAAUUCUUUACCAAUCUCUGGUUAGCCACUCCUGUCUUGUUGAUUCCUGUUCAACUUGGGUCUAUUAGGCAAGACAAGGAAGGAACAGAAUGGACUGUGUUAAAUAUAAAUGUGCCCAGACACUUGUGGUAUCCAGGUAGUUACCUGAACACUGCGGGAAUAGAAGUCUUGCGUUUGUUGUUAGGUGCUUUCAUGUCAUUUCUGAAAUAUGGUGGUUCUAAGGUGCUGCUAUCACAGGGUUUUCUUGGCAAAAUGUGUUCUGAAAAGAUUAGCCAUUGCCUUCCUUUGAGGCUGUGUAAGUCUGACUUGCCUAAGAUUACCCAGUGGGUUUCAUGUCUCAGCAGGGAUUCAAACAGUGUUCUCCAGAGUUGUAGGCUGAUGCUCAAACCACUACACCACAGUAGCUUGCAUUAUAGGCAUUCUGAAAGAUGCAUGAUUUAAGUUAAAGUCAUUGCAUCUUGUGAGGAAAAAGAAGAGCAGACUGUAUGACAACCUUGCUAUACUUGGGCUAAAGCCUAUGGUGUUAAUAUAUGCCAGUGAAACAAACCUGUUGGCACUGUCCACUUGGAACAAGGCAGGGAAGUCCAGUUAACAACUGGAAUUCAAUGGCAACUAUGUGGAUUUUGAUUUAAAAUUAUUUCAGGUUGGCAGCUCCUAGCAUUAUCAGUGAAAAAACAUUAUCUAGCUCACCCAGCUUUUCCUUCUUUAUAGAUUUUCUUUGGUUUGGAAAAAGCUGUGGGAAAACAUAGGGCUAGAAGAAUAGAAAACAAUGUCCGAGUCAUCUAUAACCAUAAAAGCCUCAUUGAUUAGAAUCCCCAGAUCAUUUUUAAGGGCUUCUUCUGGCAAGACUAUAAUGCCAUGCGAAAUGUACAACCCUAAGGAACGGCGCUUCAUGCAGGCCACAUGACCUGGAGAUGUCUAUGGACAACGCUGGCUCUUCGGCUUAGAAAUUGAGAUGAGCACCAACCCCCAGAUUUUGGUCAUGACUGGACUUAACGUCAGGGGAAACCUUUACCUUUUAAGGAAGGAAGCUGGUGAUAAGACAAUCUGUAUAAAAUAACAUCCCCCAAAUGUAUAUGUAUGUGUGCAUAUUAGGCAAACUACAUAAUAAGAUAGGAUUGCACUAUAAAGCAUUGUAGGUAGUGCUGUGCAAAUGAAUCUUCUAAUUAGUUAUAUCAAUACCAAACUAUAGACAAAGGGUUUUUGCUAACGUGUAGGAAAAGAACACAAAGAAUACACUACCCCCUGCACUACAAGAGGUGCAUUAAUAAAAUGACAAAUUUAGGUAUGGCUUUUUUUCCUAGAGCAUAACACUCCUUUUGGGAGUGGGAGCCAGGAUAAUGGUAUUGACACAAAGGAGCUAUGUCUAGAUAUUUGGAGAGUGAAGGAAAGGAUCAAAUUUAAAAAUACAACUAGAAAAACAGGAUGGGAAUUUGGGAUUUAGAAACAAAUUCAGUCCUGUGCAGUCAAAUAGGAAAGAGCAGCAAAAAGCAAAGCAUGAGAUGGCCAAGAAUAUGACUCAAAACAGAACUAACCCAAAGCCCUUGGUAGCCAAGUGUCUUGCUAAAAACUUUGUUCAUAGUGUCCCAGAUAUUACCUGGGCCACAUGCAGCCUCCACCCAUUGGUAUUUCAAAAGGAACUGCAAUUGCUUUGAGAACUUGAUGCAAUGCAGCACAUGCCAUGUCCUUCUGAGUCUGGAAGUGGACCAUAGAACCAGCCUACUUGCAAUCAUCCACUUGCACAAACACCCUUUUGCAGUUUCUUUCCUGACUCAAGCUUCAUAGAAUUGCCUCUCUGUCUGUCUGGAGAAUGUCCCACUGCUAUUAGACAUCAUGGUUCUGGAGACAAACUCCUGGGUGACUUGUUUGGUGAGAGUGCUGCCACUCUCCACUCUCUGCGUGGUCAUCAGCAUGCCAUCUAGAAGAAGGGAGAAUACAGAAAUCAUGUUAGUUGUGCCUCUGUUUGCAUGCAUGUGUCUAGGUUGGCAUAUACUAAGGUUGCACCUACAUUGUAGAAAUGAUCCAGUUUGAGACCACUUUAAUUGCCAUGGGCUCAAUGCUGCAGAAUCAUAGGACUUGUAGUUGUGUGCAAGAUCUUUAGCCUUCUCUGCCAAAGAAUGCUGGCAUCUUACCAAACUACAACUCCAAUGACUCCACAGCACUUUACUAUGACAGUUAAAGUGGUGUCAAAGUGCAUUAAUUCUACAGUGUAGAUGUACCCUUAAUCAAUUUUAUAGAACCAGAGAGGCAGGAUGAAUUGUAAGAUCCUAACAGGGAUCAGAAGAUGGGAGACCUGAAGCAAUGCAGAUCUCCUUUUUCAAAUAUUAGUACCAUAUGCUGAACACAACCACAAUCCAUUUCUUUCACCCAUCUGGCUUCUUUUGCACCAAAAAUGGUGGUUUUUGCUGCAUCAUAAAUACUGCCAGUCAAGUACUAUGAAAUGUAUGAGGCAGCCAUCUUGGACAGCAGAUUUUAGGAAUCAAGAAUGCUAAGAAAAAAAGAGUUAUUUAAUUGUUUGCUGUUGCAUUUUUGCAGUCAGCUAUAGGCUUUCUGCAGUUUUUCGUCUCAUGUGCUGAAUGAACCUGGCUGGGUUUAGGUACAAUCCAUCUGGGUUUGAGUGGGGAGUGGUGCCACAGGCUCCGCUUCUUUAAGCAUCAACAUCUGUUGGGAAUAUCCCAGACAAUAAAUGGUUUAAUUCAGAAACAAUGACCACAUUGGUUUUUAUUUAAGUUCCUUAUCGUAUGGCACUUUUCCAAGAGAUGUUUGAUGCUUGGCUAUCAAUGAACAGAGAGAUACAUUCCUUUUAACAAAAGCUGAGUAGCAAUUGUGUCAACAUAUUUUGCCCUUCCUCCAUUGCAUCCUUUAGAGCAGUGCUUCUCAACCUGUGGGUCCCCAAAUGUUUUGGCCUUCAACUCCCAGAAAUCCUAACAGCUGGUAAACUGGCUGGGAUUUCUGGGAGUUGUAGAUCAAAACACCUAGGGACCCACAAGUUGAGAAUCACUGCUCUAGAGGGGAAGUAGCACUCUUCUUAUAGAGGUCUCACAAGCACAAUAGUUCAGGAAUAUUCCCCAUUUUCAUAAUUCAUCUUUCCUACCUGUGUACAAAGGAUCCAGUGGGGAAGAAGUUAUACUCGUGAGGGUGCUGUAUUCUGUGGGGAUGUUGUACACCUCUUCUCUGGAGAACUGCUGUGUUCCAAACUGAGAGAAUACACCUGAACCAGAACAGAUGAGGAAGGGAAAAAUGAAACCCAGUUCCUGGGGAUCUAGGUGCCAUUCUAUCUGAAGUCAUUAAAAUGGACUUUGAAACAAUAUUAGCAAGAAAUGAAAAAAAAAACCACAUUUGAAGAUAAAGUAAUGUGUUUUAAUUAAAUUAAAAAAAUUUAAUGUAAAUUAUUUCAAAUUUUACACUGUCAUGGUUUAUCCAUAGUGGGGCUACUUCACUGACAUUCCAAAAUUAAAGCAGCUUAUGUUUAAUAUUGCAAGAAAUCCAGUAAGACACUUCCUCAAGUGUCACAACAUCAUUAAAUUCCUUCACACCUAAAUACAUAUACUACACUGCAUGUUGUACACCCAAAACAAUUCCCCUAUUUCUCAAUUUUUCAGUUCUAUUUCAUUCAAUAUAUUGCAUCAAGGACCUCAGCAAAAUUCCUGAUAACAAUUUCAACCUUACUCAAAUCUAUAUAGCAUGCCAUACACUUUUGUAAGGUUAAAGAUGCAAAAUCUCUGCAGAAGUGAAAAAAACCAUAAAUAAAAAACCUGUUUUUUUU